CGUGCCAAUAAAGAUGGCAGCCUCCAUGGAAAACGAAAAGAGGUAUACGGAUAACUGUACGGUUUUGGAGCCCCUCCUUUUACCAGAUAAUCCAGAACUGUUAUACGGAAAAAAAGAUGGUCGUGUGUCCCCGGAAAACCUUAUGCCAUGUCCCAUUUGUGAGGCAAAAAUAUGCACAGCCGAAAACAGAGAAGAGUUUCUAACACAUCUGGUAAAGGAUCACAAACUAGUCAUUGCUGAUGUGAACUUGAUCGCCAAUCUAAAAAGUUACUGUCUUUACUGGAAGGAAAGAUUCAAACAGCAGCCUGUGGCAGAUUUCUGCUCUAUUGUAAGAACGUCAACAACAAAAGAAGGAGAGCUGGGUUACUACUUAUUGAGUGACGUUCACCCUGAGGACAAGGAACUCCGGGAAUUCCUGCAGAAACGAAAAUUGGAGGUCGUGUUAGCUGCUCAGCAACGAGAGCGUGACAAUGAAACCUUCUGUCGGGGCUGCUUGUUCUGUCGGGAACAAUUCAAGGGGAAUAGGUCAGAUCUGUUUAACCACAUGGCCGAGGACCAUUCAUUCAACGUUGGGCAGCCAGAUAAUCUAGUCUUUACCAAUGAAUUUCUGGACAUUCUUGAAGAAAAACUUAACAGCCUACAGUGUUUAUACUGUGAGAAGGUUUUCCGGGACAAGACGGUACUCAAGGAACAUAUGAGAAAGAAACAACAUCGGAAAAUCAACCCCAGAAACACCCUCUAUGACAAGUUCUAUGUUAUAAACUAUCUGGAGCUUGGAAAGAAUUGGGAAAAUAUUCACAAGGAAAGGGACAUAACUGAGUGUGACUUUGAAGACACAGAAUCUGAAGAUGAGUGGGCAGGGUGGGAGGAAACAGACGGCCAAGCAGUGUGCCUGUACUGCCAGUUCUCCUCAAGCAGCACUGAUAAGCUCCGCCUACACAUGCAAGAACUCCAUGACUUUGACCUACAUGAACUGAAGCUGAGACUCAAUCUGACUUACUACCAGCAAGUGAAAUUGGUGAACUACAUAAGACGGCAGGUCCAUCUAGGUGUGUGUAUAGGCUGUGGGGAGAAGUUUGGUGAGCGGUCAGUCCUUCUUGACCACAUGCACCACAGUGGACAUUCCAGCAGUGUACCGGACACUUCCGAGUGGGACCAGCCUCAAUACUUUUUCCCAACCUACGAGAAUGACAAUCUACUUUGUCAACUGGAGGAUGAUGAAGCCUGUGGUAGCCAUGGAAAUGAAACUGUGAUUGCAGAAGACACGCCUACCCUGAGUUCAGUUUUAGCUGAGGAGGGACUGAGACAAGAAAUUCUUAGGAAUUAUUGAGAUUUGUUUUUGUGACUAGGAUACAGUGGUUACCACGGCAACUAAACCGUAGUUGCAGAAGACACCCUUUCUUCUUUCGUGUUUCCUUAGUGACUGGUUGAAGUGUUUCAAUGGUAAACUUACUAAAAAGUUUACAAAACUGGUUUUGUAGUAAUAGACAUGUAUGUUGGUUACACAGUAAGCCACAUUGGUAACUUAAUAGCUACAGCUAAAACCGCUGCCAUUUUGAAUUCUAUGAUGUAUGAAGAGGAUUUAAGAAAAUAUUUCAUUUAUAAAUUUAGGAUUAUCGCCAGGGAUUCUAUAAAUAGAUUGUUGCCAUGGAAAUUGCUUUCCAUGCAAAGUUAUAAAAGCAUGUGAUUGCUAUAACAAGGUGCUUUUCCAUGAUUUGGACCAAGGUUUCGCCAAAAUUUGUGCAAUCCAAAAAAACUCACAAUUUGUUAACAAGUCGAGCUGAAAUGCACCGUACGCAUAUUCCCCUUGUAAAUGAUCACAGAAGAAUCAACUUCAAAAAUCAUGUGGUACAUUAAACAAUAUCACCUGACAUGCCUACAAAUGACGAGUGUCAUGACUCGAUUUGUUUUCAUGAUUUUCAAAGACAAAAUUUGUUAAAGUGAAAUAAAAUCAUCUCCAGUUUGCUAUUUAUUAUAUGUAUAAAUGAUAGAAAAGCCAUUUAGACCUGUUCUUUCAAGAGGGAGGAUUAUAUGCAUGUAGCUCUGAGACCAUAAGGCAUCUGUGAAAAUGUUCAAAUAAUUGAAGAAAAAAAAUAAUAUGAUAAAUUUAAAGAAAUUGGAAAGAUGCUACACCAAAUAUAUGCAUGAAAAUGAAAUAGUCUAAAUAGUUAGUGCAUACCAAUAAUUUUAGGAAAAUUAGAGAGUAUUUAGGAUUAUUGUUGUCCGAAAUAAUUUCAACAUUCAACAUUUGCACUAAGAUGCUUAAUGAAUUCCUUUGAGACCAUUCCCUGAUAGUUGCUUGCACUUAUCAAUGAAAAAAAACUGUUUUAUGUUCACUUUUGAACUCGUCAACUUUUAAUUAAUUUUUAGCUUGACUGUUUUUCAAAGAAUAUUGUGUUAAGGUAUUGUCAUGGCCUUGAUGUCAUUGUUCGUGCCAGCACCAUUGCUGUGCAGUUUGACACGUGAAAUUGUAAAUGAUCAUUUUUAUCAAAUAUAACGUGAAUAGCGAUGUAGUCAAAGUUGAUAAAUUCAAAUCAAUAAAUCUAAUGGAAAAAAGUUUUUAAACCUUUCUUGUCCUUUAAACAUGGCCUACCGAUAUUUCUCAAAAACUGUUAAAGAUAUUGAAAUGAAACUUGGUACACAUGUUGCAAUAGGGCCUAAAAAAAAAAUACAUUUGGUUCGAGUUACCCGACCCUACCUACGGAAUAGGCGCCGACCCUACCGUUUUUAUAUUUUAUUUUUUUGCUUUUUUUUUUUGCUUUUCAAUAGGAAGUUUAAAACCUUAAAUGCUUAUAUAGAAGAUAACUUUAACACCAUUCUCCAAUGAUGAAAAUGACAUUCUUAUAUAAAGCCUAAUAAAAAAUAAAAAAAAUAAAAAUAAAAAAAGCCUACCUACCCUACCUAUUUUUGAAAAGGAUGUAACCCUAGCCAAACAAUUUUUUUUUUAGGCCUAGGAAAUACACAUAUGUAUAGCAAGGCCCAUAACUCCAAUUAGAAUAAUUGUAGAGUUAUUUGCCUUUUUUGGCUGAAAAACAACAUACAAGCAUUUGCGUCGCUCUGAAGUUUUCUUGUUAAUCAUUGUAUGGGGGCAUACACCAGUUCUACUGAUAGCUUUGUAAAUUGUAACCAUGGCAAAGAAGAAGGAUACUGCAUGGUGUCUGAACAUAUUUUCUUCUGAAUGGAUACCAAGUUACAGAAAGUGCGAUGUUUGUCGCUGUAAUUUUGAGAGACUGACAUUCUUUCUACUGUGAUAUAAUUUGUUAUGAUAGUAAAAUAUUUAUGUGCUGUAUCUUAGAUGACUUUUUGUAUUACAUGAAUAAUUAAAGUAUAAUUUGUUGUGACAUUAUUCUGUUUAAUUUAUUCAUUUUUUGUGAACAAUAAAUAUUUAUGUAAGAGUUUCAGUUAGAAGUGUUAGUCACUAUAGUGCAAUGUUUAUGUAAGCAAGGUUAUUUAAGCUGCCCUCUCACAGAUUAACCAUUUUAACAACUUUUUUAUUUUUAGCUCACCAGAGCUUAGGUGAGCGUUUUAGGGCCAUCAUGGCCCUCUUGUUUGUCUUGGAAUGAGCCAGUUUCUGCGUAAAUAUCUUCAAACCAGUGAUAUAAGACUGCUGACAAAAGAUCAGAUCACAAAUUUUCAUAUUUCCAUUUGAAAAUAGAUAUUUUAUGGCUAAAAGUUUUACUAACGCUUUAAGAAAAAUGCAUAAAACGUCGAUUUUUGAACUUGAAUAUGAAAAUCUGCCAUCUGAUAUUUUGUCAGCAGUCUUGUUUCACUGGUUUCCAUGCAUUUUCGCAUAAAUUGGCUAGGUCCAAGAAAAUAAGAAGUUGUCAAAAUAUUCAAUCUGUGAGAGUGCAGCUUUAAUAGUUCAUAUUUGUGUCUGUCUGAGUCUGAAUUCCACUCAGACUCAGGACAUUAGUACAAAUGGGUGCUGAGGUUUGACGGUUGUUGAAAUAUACUAAACGAAAAAAUGUUCCGUUCUUUUUACUUAAAAGUAACUUAAUUGUGCACCUGUAUCUUAGUUAAGCAUCUUAAAUAUCAUAUUUCUUAUUUUGACACUUAAAUGAAAAUACCCAAGUCAUGUAUGUAACAAUGGGACACUUUUUACCGAGAUUUCAUUGCAAAAUACCCGAGUCGAGAUCUAAAUUCAGAUACAUUGAAUCUCACAAUAUUCUUUCCCCGUUUGAUGUACAUAAUGCAAGUAUUGUUAUAUCAGAUUUCGGGCCUUUUUGUUGAAGUGAGUCGAAGCGUUAAUUCAUUACUUUGUAUUAAACAUCUUUCUUCGCCCGUUGUAUUGCGUUUGAAAGUAAUUACGGGGAACAGGCCUCGUAUAGACACUAGAAGUUAUAUGUUUGUUCAGCUAGCUAUUUUCAUCGGGUAACAUUUGAUAGCCGUAUUUUUAUUUCAAAAGAUAGCCUGCUAUGUAAUUACGGAAUACUGUAAUUUACGCCUAAUUGAUUUUUAGACAUUUUUCGUUUAAUUCAGAUACAUUUCUAAAUGCUUUAAAUCAUUGUCAUUUGUGAGUUUGUUUUGUAUUAUAUAUUUAAAGGGUGUGGAAUAUAUUUACACACCUUAAUAUGAAUGCUUAAAUCAACAAUGUUGAAAAUAAAAUGAAAAAUUUGAAGGCGUAUGCAUCACGCAAAAACAUCAACUUACACAAUAUU